AUGUCUGAUUCUGCAAAAUCCUCACCAACAAAGAAUGAUGGUGUUCCAUCGCUACAACAAAUGGUAAUCAACGCCAUUCCACUCUCAAGUAUACCACCUUUAAGUCCUGCGAAAAAGGUAAAGAAGGCUUCGAAGAAGGAGAAGACACCGCGUGUAAACCUCAACUCUUCAUCUCCCUCUGCCUCAAUUAAGAAAGCGAAGAAGAAGAGCAAGAAAUCAAAAUCUGAAUCGAGGAGUACUUUUACAAUGUCUGAGCUUCACGUUGAUCCACUUCCAUCGAGUGGUGUUGCAACGCCUGCCGCUGAUCCUACAGUUGAGAAUGUUGACGCAUCUGGUAAGAAUUCUCUUAAUCAAAACCUUGAUGUUCCAAAUCCUGCUGAAACCCUAGGUUUAAAGGACCCUGUUGUGUCUGGAAAUUUGGGGAAAAAUGUUACCACAUCUUUGGCACCAGAAAACCUUGUGAACUAUUCUGAGUCUGAUGAGAGUCCCCCACCUAAGACUGCUGAAAAGGAUGAUAAUGAAAAUCCUGAUGUUGUAAUUGUAAAUGAAACAACUGUUAGUGAUAAGACUAUCCCUACAAAUUCUGAGGCAAGUGUAGCUAGGAGGACUAGAAGUAGGGCUGGUAAAGGUGUAGAAACUGCUAACACACCUAUCCAAACACCCAAACCAUCUAGGGCUGGAAAAAUUACUGGUAGAAAGCCCCUAUAUGGACCUCCAAAACCUAAUGGGUCUGCUAGAUGGAAAUUUGUAUAUCACAGGAGGUUGGCACUAGAGAGGAAUCUAAAAGAUGAUAUCCUUCAAUGCCAAAGUGUUGUUGAAGCUAUUGAGUAUGCAGCAAGUCCUGAAUAUAGGCAAGUAUUUGUUCGUGGGAAAUGUGUCAAAUUCUCACCAACUGUGAUUAACCAACAUCUGCAAAGAAGUUCUGAUGAGGUGGCUGCUCUAAAAGUCACAGACAAUGAGGUCUGUAAGGUCCUCACAGGUGGCAGGAUAAAGGCUGAGGAAGCUGCUGAGACUGCUGAAGGUGAGCCUGAUGGACAAGAAGGAUUGGAAACUAGUGGCUCUGAUGAUGAUACUGAUGAUAUGCUGGAGGACUCUGAUGAAAAUCACAAAAGGGUCUUUGAUCUGGGCUUAGAUCAAAGGGAAGAUUGUAAUCUGGAUCUAGAUUAUAGUGGAAAACUCACAGGCGUGGAGACUGGACUCGCCUAG